AUGGAGGUUACGAAGGCCAUUUGCGUCCUGAAGGGUCCCGGUUCCGUCACUGGAACAAUUCGUUUGAAAGCAGAAGGUGGACAUUCAACUUCUGUAGCAGGAGAAAUUUCCGGAUUGACUCCUGGAAAACAUGGGUUUCAUGUGCACACAUUUGGAGACAUUUCUAAGGGCUGUGGCAGUACUGGAUCUCAUUACAACCCUUGUAAUGAAACUCAUGGAGCACCACAAGACAAAAAGAGACAUGUAGGUGACCUGGGCAACAUAGAAGCUGAUGAAAAUGGUACAGCCCGUGUUGAAAUGGUGGACCGACUUCUUCGCCUGGCAGGAAAGUAUUCUAUUAUUGGACGUACUAUGGUGGUUAAUGAAAAGGAAGAUGACCUGGGCAAAGGUGGUAAUAAGGAGAGUCUUGAAUCAGGAAACCAUGGAGCAGGUGUAGCUUGGGGUAUAAUUGGGAUAGACGAAGACCCCCAGUAA